AGAAAGACAAGACACUCUCAACUGAGUAGGGAAUAGAAUUGAGAGAGGUGGCUUUGUGCCAGGUGAUGAGAGGUUAGAGUAUGGAUGGAGGUACAGAAAUUAGUGUCUUGCAGUAGAGGAGAUACAUUGGGUAACUGAGUUGGAGUGAGAGGGGAAGAGAGAUGUUGAAGAUGCAAUGGAAGGUGACACUCAAGAUACAUGGAGUGACAGGAACCAAAGAUUGGAUCAGGCAAGUGGCUGAGUAAGUUCAUGAGAUGGUAGCAGGAGAGUGGGAGAUGGAAGGAAGGACUAUUUUACGAGGGUGUGAAGGAAGAGUGGAAGAGGUGUUUGUAAAUCUUACAAUCUUAACAACAUGGAAAAUCUGAGAUAAAUUUGUUUCAAAAUUUACUGCUGUAACUAAUGGUAGUCUUAUUUGAUAUAGAAAAUUACUUGUACUACUCUCACAAGAAAUGUUUAAUAUUGAAUAACAUUCCUAUAUGCAUCACUUUUUACUUUUUUUUAGGUGUUAAACGCAAUAAAGAGACUUCAUCAGCAAAAGGUACUGAAGAUAAUUAUGCGACUAUUUCAGAUGAAGCUCUCAGUGCUGAAAAUAAUUAUGCAACUAUUCCAGAUGAAGCUCUCAAUGCGGCACGUGCUAAUGCAAUUUCAUCCAAGCCAAACACUAAUGAAGAGCAAUAUGCUGAAGCUAGUGGGCCCAGUUAUUUAGAAUUGAAACCAGCAGACAUGAAGAUUUCUUACGUUAAUGUUUCAAGGAAACCUGAUGUUGUGGAAGAACAAUGUGCUGAGGUUAGCGAGCCGAAAUAUUUAGAAAUGGGACAACGAAACACGGAUGGUACUUACGUUAACGUUUCAAAGAAACCUGCUGAUGGUACUUACGUUAACGUUUCAAAGAACCUACUGGUUACCAAUGAAGGUCUAUGUUCUACAGAUGAACAAAAGGAACCUAGAAGCUUCCAGAACUGAAUGAAACCUUGUGAGCAAGCAAUCAGUCUCUUUGUCAUCAUUUCAUGGACACUUUUGCAAGCACUGAAGAUUUGAACUAAAUAUCUGAUACUAC